CCUCACUCACCCAUUGAGAUUUCUUUUGGUUUAAAGCAACAUUCCAGCUGCUGAAGCUCCGUGACCUCCAGUGUUUUCCUGGCUCUGAUCCAAGGCAGGUGGCCCCCUGCAAAUGAAACCUGGAUGCUUUUUGCCAUUCUGAUGAUAAAUGAUGAGACAGGCAACCAUGGAUUUCAGCACUCCAUCCGUGUUUGAUCAGCAAAAAGGUGACUCAUCUGAGGAAGUCGACCUGACCAUGGUUUAUCAGGCAGCUUCUAACGGAGAUGUCAAUGCUCUGACUUCAGUAAUUCGGGAAGACCCUUCCAUCCUAGAAUGCUGUGACAGUGAAGGAUGUACACCCUUGAUGCAUGCAGUUUCUGGACGUCAAGUGGACACAGUGAAGCUAUUGUUGAAGAUGGGGGCCAAUAUUAACAUGCAGGAUGCUUAUGGUCGCACAAGUCUAUGCCUGGCAACCUAUCUGGGUUGGCUGGAAGGCUGUGUGAGUCUGCUUAGAAAUGGUGCCAAGCACAAUAUCCCAGAUAAAAAUGGCCGUCUGCCACUGCAUGCUGCCACUGCUGAGCCCGACGUGAGGCUCCUAACAGUCUUGGUGCAACAGUCAAAUCUCAGUGAGAUUAAUCACCAGGACAAUGAGGGAAUGACACCACUCCACUGGGCAGCUUUCCACAACCGGCCUCAACACACUCAAAUGCUGCUGAAAAAGGGAGCAGACCCUACUCUUGUGGAUAAAGACUUUAAAACAGCUCUCCACUGGGCAGUCCAGAGUGGAAACAGAACCCUGUGUUCCAUCAUCCUGAGCCACCACCAGGGUCCGUCCAUCAUCAACUACGACGACGAGAGUGGGAAGACGUGCGCGCACAUUGCCGCAGCCGCGGGCUUCAGUGACAUCAUUAAUGAGCUGGCCAGCGUGCCUGAGUGUAACCUGCAGGCUCUGGAUGUGGACGACAGGACCCCGCUGCACUGGGCUGCAGCUGCAGGGAAGGCAGACUGUGUCCAGUCACUGCUGGAGCUGGGGAUGGACAGCAACCUGCGAGACACCAAGGAGAGCACGCCCCUGGCCUACGCCCUGUACUGCGGCCAUGCAGCCUGCAUCCGACUCCUCUCCCAGGAGAGCAGAACAGAGCCUACUCGACUCCUUCCUUCCCAGAACAGUAGACCCCAGAAGAAGGAGGGACGAUUCAGCAUGCUCAACCAAAUCUUCUGCAAAAACAAAAAAGAAGAGCAGAGGGCCUAUCACAAGGAUCACAGCAGGGACCGACACAGGGGGGAGCACACCUCGGAAGUUGAUGACAUCAUCACCACCUUCGACAGCAUCCCGGAGACCAACUGCCAAGAAGAGCCUGGUGAUCAGGUGGCUAUGAUCGACUUUAAGAAGCGGACCUCGGAGAAUUCAAAGUAUCUCUUGCCAGAAAAGAAGCCUCUGGCCCAUAAAGGGCUUCCACCAAUCAGGACGCAGAGUCUCCCACCCAUCACCCUGGGCAAUAACUUCCUGAUGGCUUCCCAGGGGGCCACUUCCCAAGCUGGCCUGAGCUCCCGUACUCAUCAGAUGGCCCAGCGAUCUCAGAAAAGCCGAAGUGAGCAGGACUUACUGCACAACAGAACUGGCUGCCAGACAUUGCUAGAUAACCCCUGGAGAGGUGAUUCUAACCAGGUGUUCUGUAAGGCUUGGACUGUGUCUUCUUCUGAUAAGCUGCUAGACAGAUUGCUCACCAGCAGGUCUGGUCACCAGGAGGUCUUGGGGCUGCCCCAUCUUCCUCACCUACACAAUCCUUCAUCAGGACAAAAUUUUCAGCAUUUCUCCCCAAACAGAGCCCAGAUCAGGGACCUUCCUAUCACUCGGAACAACCUAGCUCCCCUGCCAGACCAAAAAUUUCUAUCUGGAGGACCUCUGCGGACCAACCGAGUGCUUCCUGCUAUUCCAAGCCAACGGGGACACAACACAGCAGCCGAAGACAGUGAAAACCUGGCCAAUCCCGCCACUGAUGAAAAUUAACUGUGGGUCCCUGGUUGUAAAAAUAGAGAUUAUAUAUAUUUUCAACUGUCAAAGGAUGAGAUUACUCUAGUUUGUGAGAACAAAGACUGAUUUAGUAAAUUGCGUUCUAGAAGCCAUUCACAGUUUUAUAACAUUCCAAUGAUAUUUCCCAAAUAAGCGCUUGGAAUCUUUGAUUGUAUAUAUAUUUUAAGUCUGUGAGUUUCUGUGAUGUCUCCAUGCCAAAAUAAAAAGUCACAAUAUGUUAUCAGCAGGGAAACUUUGCUAUGUUUGGUUUGCAUUGUGGUGUCAGCAGAUUUUUUUUUUCCCUGAAUGAUUUUGUUUUAAAAAUGUAUGCUUUGCUGAAUAAAAAAACAAC